AUGGCAUCCGCCUUUGAAGAAAUUAAAGACCAAAUCGCCGGUCUCAUCCGCAGCGCCGACGACUAUUCCGACAACGAGGAAUGGUCCAAAGCCUGUGAAUCCCUCCAGCAAGCAAUAAAACUCGCCGAGCCCAACUUCGGAAACAACGACACUCAAACAGCACUAUGUCGAACAAAACUAGCCUUCAACUACCGGUCCCUAGGACAAUACAACGACGCAGAGGAACAAGACCAACUAGCUCUCUCAGCCCGCCGCGAAGUCCUUGGAAACACGCACAAAGAGACAGCGAAAUCUCUCAACAAUCUCGCGCUUGACCUGAAAGGCCAGGGUAGAAACCACGAUGCCAUCAAGCUGGAAGAAGAAGCCUUGGAAAUCAUGAAACGAGAAACAGGUGAAGAGAGCGCCGCCACCGCGACUAGCAUGCAUAACCUCGCCAACAGCUACGCCAACUUGAACCGCCAUGAAGACGCUGCCCGACUGCACGAAAUGGUGCUUGCAUGUCGCAAAAGGACCCGCGGAGCAGCCCACGCUGAAACAAUAGCGGCAAUGGACAUGCUCGGGGUGGAUUAUCUAGCUAUGGGAGACACACAAAAGGCAAUGGACAUCCAGGAGGAGGCCGUGCAAUUGGCAAAGGCAAACCUCGGAGACGGCAGCGAGACGACGGCCAAGUGUGUCAUCAACCUGGGCAUCACGUACAACCGCACAGGAGACUAUGACAAAGCUAUCGAGCACCUUCAAGGCGCUCUCGCUGCCAUACGGCCUGCAAGCGACGUGGAUACACCGUUGAAUCCUACCGUUGUGGGCGUCAUGAAUGGCCUGGCUGUUUCGUACGUUAGGAUGGAUCGACUGAACGAGGCUAAGCCGCUGCUGGAGAAGUGCUAUGAGUGGAACAAAGAAACACUUGGAAAAGAUCAUCCGAGGACAAAGAUUUCUAGUCAGAACUUGCAAUAUGUUUAUACGGAACUGGGAUUGCUUGUUCGCGCGCCGGUGGUGGAUGUUUAG